UUCACAGGUUUUCUUAGGCAAUUUUUUGUGUUUGUUUCUAUAUGUGAGAGAGAGGAAGAUGAAGAAUUGGCAAUGCGGUGUUUAAGUGUACUGUUUAGGUUGAUCCCUGUUUUAUUAGUUUCGAUGUCGAUUUCAACUAUUAGACGGCAAGUAAAAAAUGUCGCCUACAAUUUCUCGGAUGCACAAGUGAAAGUUCGGGAAGCCACCAGCAAUGAUCCUUGGGGUCCCUCUACGGCUCUGAUGUCCGAAAUCGCAGAUCUAACGCAUAAUCCAUUGUCGUUUACUGAGAUUAUGUCGAUGCUCUGGAAGAGAUUAAAUGAUCAUGGGAAGAACUGGAGGCAUGUGUAUAAAAGUCUUGUUCUUUUGGAUUAUUUGAUAAAGUGUGGCAGUGAGAAAGUGGCUCAACAGUGUCGUGAAAAUAUCUACUCGAUUGAAACAUUAAAAGAUUUCCAGCAUAUUGAGGAUAAUAGAGAUCAGGGUAUGAAUGUACGGGAGAAAGCAAAACAGAUGGUCAGCCUACUGUAUGACGAAGAACGACUAAAAAAUGAACGAACAAAGUUUAUGAUGACUAGGAAGAAGUUCAUGUCUGGUUCUGGUAUUUCUUCAGAUGGUUCCGUACGACAUACGCGCAAAACCGAUACUGGCCCUGGAUUUGAAUCGGAAUUGGAAGAUGCACGACCGGCGAGUGCUGGUGAAGAAGAAAUGCAAUUACAGAUUGCACUUGUACUGUCACGGGAAGAAAGUGAGAAGGAAGAGGAACUGAGGAAAAAGGACGACAUUGGGUUACAGAUGGCAUUAAAUGAGAGUCGCCGUGAAAUCGAGCGGAUGAAUUCCAUGGAUGUUGGUGAUCAAAACACAGUGCCAAGUUCAACUCUUUCGCAAAGUGCGAUCGAUGACUUGCUGUCGCUGGGAGUGGGACAGCCUGUUGAACAGACAACCCCAAAUCCAUGGGGUGGACCAGUUGCUGAUCCUUGGGCACCGGCUUCUGGUACUGCUCCUGCAUUAGUUGUUGGAUCAUCGCUGUAUUCAAAAAUCCAAACAACCAGUAAUGACCCGUGGACGUUAGCACCCCCGACAGCUGGGGUAACGACAAACUCUGUUGACCCAUGGGCUACUGUGCCUUCUCCUGCUAAUCAUAGUCCAGAUUUCAUUGCUGAAGAAAAUAUUUCUAAACAAAGAAGCAGCACGAAAACACCCGAGAGUUUUCUCGGUGAAAACUCAUCUCUUGUAAAUUUGGACAAUCUGCUCGGGACGACAAGUAACAGCAUAAAACCAGCCAGCAAUCCAUUUCUUUCUGGUACUAGCGCAACGGUACCAAUAAACCCAUUUGUCGCUCAACAACGUCCAUCACCAUCGCUUAAUGAAAUGAUGAGUCAGAGUCGCAUGCCGCCGACAGGAAACCCCGUCCAGACAGCUAUGCAGCCACCAUUGAUGCCAGUUCCAGCGUCGGCGUCACCUCAACCAACUAAUCCAUUUUGCUGACUUGUUGCAUGACUUGACCGGCUGUUUGAUCACGUUUUGAGGCGAAUGUCACAAUGCAUUUUCAUUACGAUGCGCUUGAGCCUACGAAUAGUCUUGUCCUUCUUAUCCCUCCUUUCCUGUUUAUUGCAUACUGCUUCUUCAUUUGUGGCUUUUCGAAAUAUCUUGUAUAUAGGUGAAGAUAUUUCAGUAUUUGUAUGAUUUUCUUUCAAAUAAGAAACAGAAACAAAUCACAGAUGUAAAUACUACAUUCCAUCUGGC